GUUAAUUAAAAAAACAUGGCCCACCCACAUGUGGAGACUAGGUUUCCAAAGAGAGUGACAAAACUGUCAAAAAGAGAAGGCAUCAACGGACCUAGACAGUCCUGGGUCGAUCUCAACGAAGAAUACAGCUCUAGGAGGUCCAGAAGUGGUCUGACUGUCCUGGCAAACACGCCACAGAGGACUAGAAACACAGGGAGAUUGUUUGGUUCUCAUUCUCAUCCUCAGCUACUGGGAGAGACAGAGGUCAUUAGUUCCCAGGGAGCCUCUUUACUGCAAGAGAAACCUGCAACAAAUGCCAUUUGGACUGGCAAAAAAAUGAGUCGUAAAGAGAAUGAAGAGAGUGAUCAGUCCAAAACAAGUAAAAAUAAAUCUGUCUCGUUUCAGACAGAGGAUACUGCUUCUACUACUGCUCUGAAACUGCAAGUGUCUGCAUUACGUCAAGCAUUAGAACAAGCUGGUACAGAGAAGAACACUCUUCGAGAUUUACUGACAAAAGAGGAAGAGCAUUCAGCGUUUUUGAAUGUCCAGAUAUUAGAAGAAAGAUCUAAGAACGGAACUGAGAAGGAUAAGAAGCUGAUGGAUAAGGAGGAAGAGAUAGAAGGUCUAAAGACUCAAAUUGGUCAGUUAAGACAAGAACUGGUCACCAUGAGCCAAAUUGCAAAAAAGACACAAGCAGAUGAAGCAGGGGAUCAGGAGCUUCAAGGCCAGCUAAGAGAGAAGGAAGAACUGCUUAAGGAGUCAGAGAGAGAGCGUACUGCACUGAAUGAGAGACUCACUGCGCUAGAAGUAGAGAGACAGCUGUCAAUGAUAAAGUAUCAAGAAGAAAUGGAGACUAGUGUAAUGGCUGUUACUACACAGUUGGAAGAGUUGUUGGAUCUUAAUAAGCAGCUCCAAGCUGAACUGACUCAAUUGCAGACUGAGAGAGAUGAACUAAAUCUGUCACUGGAAAAUGAGAAAAAGAAUAAAGACCUUUUAGCCAAAGAAAAGGAUAAGGAAUUGGCCAUUUACAAGGAUCAAGUUCAAGAUUUGACAAUGCAAUUAGAAAAAACUAAAGAAGAACUUGCAGACCAGACACAGCACAAAACUGAUCAGUCCAGCCUCUCAACUGCUUUUGAGUUGACAAAGAAAGAGCUAGAGCGACAGAUCCAAGACAAAGAGGCUGCUCAGCUUGAUGCCUUGAAUCAGAUUGCUCUUCUUGCUGAAGAGAACAGGUCGCUUAAGAGUCAACUGGAGACUGUAACCAGUCAAAACAAUGAAACGAAAACAAGUUGCAAGAGAUUGAGAGAAGAAUUGAGGGCAGCACAUGACGAGCUAACAAACGCUCAGAGAGAGAAGGGGGCAAUGAAUGCUCGGUUGGUCACUUUGCAGGUGGAACUGGUAAACUCUCAAGAGCAAUGCUCUCAUUUGAAAAGAGGAAUCGAUGAAAUUCUUGAAAGUUAUUAUAAAAACAAACCACCGAUGAUGGAGCAAACGGAGCAACUAAAGACUGGAGACAAAUCUAUUAGUCAACUUGAGAAUAGAGUCCAAAAGCUUCAAAAGGAACUGAAAGGAGCAAAUUCUGCACAAGCUAAACCUGAGAGUGUUGGAACAUCAACUCAAGCUCAAGUAGAAUCAUUGCAAGCAUCUAAUCAACGUUUUUCACGAAAAAUAAUGGAGCUUGAGGUAGACCUUGCGAGUCAGAAGAAACUGUCAAUUGAGUUAAGAGAGCAGCUAGAGCAGAAAUACUUGACAAAUCAAACUAAGCAGCGUCAGAUUGAGGAGCUGAAGCAAACUAUCAAAAAUUUAAAAGACGAAUUGACUACCCUUCAAGAAGAAGCCUUAUCUGUUAGUGUUCUUCAAACAAAGUUGAUGACCGUGCAAAACAUCGUGGCCUCUCUUCAAUUAGAACGUGGCAAUUUGUCAAAGAGGCUAAAAGAGGAGAUGGAGCGAGCUAAACUUGCAAAAGAAUCGAAGCAGAUGCUGAAGGAAGAGAAUAAGAGACUUAGAGAGAGACUUGGUGGCAAUGUCGCUCCUGCUGACCUUAGCAAUGUCGUUCCUGCUGACCAUAACAAUGCAUCGCCAGCCAGCAUUAACUCAUUGGGUACUCCUCCUCCUUCUUCGCCUUCUCCGCCUCCUCUUCCAACAAAUGACCCGUCAGCAACAAAUCCUCUCACACCAUCUUAUGCAAUCAACUCACCUGUGAGGUACAUUCCGGCAUUUGGGUUCUCUUCUCCUGGAGCUGAGAUCCUCAGUUUAAGGUAUGAGCUAUCCCAGGCUUGUCUUGCCGUGCGUAACCUUGAGCAGCAGAACUCAAAGACUUCCUCAGAGAUGGCUAAAGCGAAAGGCUCCAUGGAAGCCAUGAAACAUCUCCUAGACCAUGUUAAUAAAGAGAACAAGGCCAUAAAUGAUUAUAUGGUAAUAGUCGAGGAACAGAAGGACGGCUUCAAACAGGACCUUGUUGCUUGCCACGAGAGACUAGAGGCAGUCAAGUCUGAUGUCAAUGUCUUUCUCAGUCGUACCUAUGCACAGCUGAUGUCUCUGGCAAGGGAGCUUGAGGAAUUCAAAAAGCCAAAGGUUGAUGAUCAAGAGAAGCAUCAAGAUGAAGAGAGGAAGAGACUUGGGAUGCUAGAGAAGCUUAGAAUGGCAGCCUCGAUAAUUAGGAACUUAGCAUUUUCUGUUUUGGGCACUAAUAUUGAAGAAGACGCUGAAGAUAGUCGUGGAGGUGAGGACUUUUUCCAGACAGGUAACCAAUGUGGCAGCAACUUAGAAGAGGUACAGGCUUUGGAAGAAAGGAUCACUGUCACUUGUGGAAAGUUGAAGGAAAUGGAGGGACUCCUGGAAGAGAAGGAGAGAGAGUUGGAGGAGAAAGACAGAGAACUUGAAGCUGUCAGAGGAGAAACCAGUAAAAUAGAGGAGGGAGGAGCCAGACAAAGGACUGAGGAUAGGAUUGAAUCAAUGAAGAAAGAUUUGGAAACACAAUAUGAAGCUAAGCUUGCUGUGCUACGGAAUAAACUAGUGGAGAAAGAAAAUGAAGUGACUGAGCUAAAAUCCACCGAACAAGAGCUAAAAACAACACUAGACGAUGCUGAAGUUACACUUUCUGCUAAUGCAGAAGAAAUGGCAACUGCUAAAGAGGAACUACUGCGAUUGAGGGAGCUGGUUCAUUCCUAUGAGGCUAGUCUGAGCAGUGAAGCUCACCUGAUAGAGUGUGAGUAUCAAGCACAGCUACACACUUUGAAUGCUAUGAAGAAGAAGCUUGACGAAAUAAAAGGAAAAUGCUCUGCGGAAAACCCAGGGGCAAGCAAUGAGGAAGGAGAAGAUGGUGAUGAUGUGAGAAGCAAGGAGGUAAAGCUGCGAUCUUGUAGUGAGAGGAUUUUUGAGCUACAGGGACAGGUUGAGGCCUUGAAAGCUAAGAAGUCUAUUUUUGACGGAUACAUUGAGUCACAGACGGAGAGAGAGGAGUCUGUGGCAUUGCAACAGAGAAACGAGUUGAUGCAGCAAAGCAUGCAACUAAGAGAAGAGAACGAUGAGCUGAAGUCAGAGCUACACAGACUCAAUGAGGUCAUACAACAGCUACAAGACAAUAUGCAGAUAAUGGCCUUGAGACUUGAAGAGGCUCAGGAGGAAGCAGCAGAGAGAGAGAGGGAAGGAAGAGGUAAUGGAAGAGAUGACUCAAAUAACACUGAUUUGGAAGGCAGCUUCCAAGACAGAUCAUCUUUAUUGCAAGAAAAUGCUCGGCUAACUGAAGAGAAUGAGGAGAUGAAGAUGGAGCUACACAGCCUCAUUGAGGCAACUCAAGAAAUGCAAAAUAAAAUUGAUAUCAUGGCCCUGAGGCUAGAGGAAGUGCAAGAAGGAGCUUUUGCUGAUCAAGAUGAGGAGGAGGAAGAGAAGGAAGGAGAGGAGGAAGAAGAGGAGGAGGGAGAAGAAGAGGAGGAGGGAGAAGAAGAGGAGGAGGAAGAAGAGGAGGAGGGAGAAGAAGACAAAGGGGAGGAAAAGGAGGAGGAUGAUGCUGAUGAGAUCUUUGUUUAUGAUAUCGAAAGAGUGAGAAGUGAAAUUUUUACCAGGAAGGACGAGUAUGAGCUAGCUUAUAGUGACCUGGAGAGUGGGCUGAGAGGUAAAAUAAAGGAAUUGAAGGAGGCUAGGGCAGAGAUUGAGAGAUUGAGCGAAGAAGUGAAGACACUGAAGGAAGAAAUGGAAAAGAAGGAAGAGUCUUAUCAGAACACUGUGGCAAGCUGGAAGGAACUUUUGAAAAAAAGAGAUGCUUCGUUAUCUAAUGCUAGAUUGUCAUUUGAGAAGGCAUUGGCUGAUAAACAAGCACUUGAGUUGCAACUCAACAAUAAUGCCUUAAUGGAAAACAGCAUUCGUAGUGAGGCUGAGAAAAAGAUAAGCAAAAUAAAGGGCAAAUUUAAAGCACAGAUAAAGAAAAAUAAUGAAUUAAGGUUAAAAUUAGGUUAUAUACUAUCAGAGCUUAGGCUUUUUAAGCAGUUAAAGGUUGAGCUGGAUUGUCAGGUUUAUCAGCUCCAGCAUGCACUGAAGAUAUCAAAGGAUGAGUACAAGGAAUGCCUUAGGAGGCUGAAUCAUGUAGAAACCAACCACUUCAACGUUAAUCAAUCUUAAAUUGAUUUCUUAACCCAACUCUGACAGAGAUUUAAUCACUAUAAACAAUAAAGUAUAACACUAACAAUAGUAUUAAACUUAAAGUUUUAAGCUCUUGUUUUUUUGAUUAAAACUUCAGUACAAAUAGA